AUGGCUUCUGAGACCCCAAAGCUGGAGGAGGUGGCAGCUGUUGAGGGCGCUCCGGCGGUGCCGGGGGAGGCAAAGGUAACUCAGCCGCAGGAGGAGCAGCAGCGGGAGGCGCAGCCGCAGCAGGAGGAGCAGAAUCAGGAAAAGCAGCCUCAGGAGGAGCAGAAGCCGGCGGGGGAGCAGCUGGGGGAGCGGGACGUUCUCGCGCCACCACACGGGGAGCAGGAGCCGGCGGCGGAUGCCGGCGCGGCAGCGGAGGCGAGCAGGGAGCCUGCAGCAGCAGCUGAUGCCCCCGUGGCCGCCGACGCUGCGGCCUCACCUGCAGCGGAUGGGGAUGCAGAGGCCGGCGCACCGCCGACCGCAGGCGUUGCGCAGGAGCCGCCGACCGCGGCCGCGGCGGCGGAGGCGGGCCCCGGGGCGGUCUCGCCCAUCGGCACCGCUUCGAGCGACGGCUCUGACGACGCGGCGGACGGCGGCGCCGACGCCGCCGGCGGCGCGCCGCGGACGCCGCGGAACGUGGCGAUGCUGCGGGGGCAGUCCGCGCUGGACCUGAUGACGCUGCUGCCCCCCGUCGUGAUCUGCGGCCCCAGCGGCGUGGGCAAGGGUACCAUCAUCGAGGCGCUGAUGGGGCGCAACCCCGACAAGUUUGCGUUCUGCGUCAGCCACACCACGCGCGACCCGCGGCCGGGCGAGGUCAACGGGCAGCACUACCACUUCAUCACUAAGGAGGUCAUGCAGGCGGCCGUCGACAGGGGCGCCUUCCUGGAGCACGCCCACGUGCACGGCAACAUGUGA